AUGACUGAUCUUGAUAUUGAUAUUAAAUUACCCAGAAUCACUAUACGUCAAACACAAAGAUCCAACACACCUGCAACUUGUCCUGAAGAAUAUUAUAGACGUGUACUGUUUAUUCCUAUUCUUGAAAAUGUCAUAGAAGAUUUAAAAGCACGGUUCUUGAAUGAAAAAAAUAAAACUAUUUUCAUACUUAUGCAACUGGUUCCAAUUAAUGUCAUAAAGAUCUCUCAGGAUCUUGAAAAUACUUUGGUUGAAACAUUACUGAAACAUUACUCGUUUAUAAGUUUCAAUACAUAUUCUCUCAAGGGUGAGAUGGAAUUAUGGAAAACAAAGUGGGAACAAAUAAUUUGCAAAGGGUUACAAAUUCCAAACAAUGUAUUCAAUGCUAUCGAAGAAUGUCCUGAUAUUGUUUUCCCUUGUAUUAGAAAAAUUCUUUUUAUAUUAUGCACUCUUCCAGUUAGUGUAGCAACUGCAGAACGCAGCUUCUCAACUCUUCGCAGAUUAAAAAGUUGGUUAAGAAGCCGAAUGAAUGAGGAGAGACUGACUGGAUUAGCGCUUUCAAACAUUCAUAGGAAUGAACCGAUCAAUAUAGACAACAUUAUUGAUCGUUUUGCUGCUUCCAAUAAACGAGCUUUGGAGUUUGUUAUAUAA